GUCUGGUCAAACCAGAAGCAAAUAUAUUGCUACAAAUCAACUUUCAAUAUUUCCAGAAGUUUUUAGUAUCGAACCCCAAUUGAUUUGUUUACAAUAAUUUUUGUGUGUUCUAGGUUGUCUUUGUAAGGAGUGUGCACUGUCAGUUCCGGGAAGGGGAGAAAACGGCAAUUCGGGGGAUGGGUACGGGGAAUUUCUUGCCUUAGAGGCGCCUUUUGCAUUACUGAAGACAAGGACGAACGCCCGCGCCACCUCCGGCUCACUAGAUUGGUCAACUUCAAGAUUUAUUCUCACGUGGAGUCUCACGUCUGCUCAUAUAAUCUUAUUAUUUUGACAUGCAGCUUCCACAGGCCGCUUUGCGGCAUGUUUCCGUAAUCGCGCGGCGACAUAAACACGGGCCUCUUAGAGUAGCAGCAGCGGCGGCGGCAAGAAGCGCAUCAGCAGGACAGGUCAAGCCGUCAUGGCGGACAUGCUCUUCACCACCUCUGGCCAGAGCGAGAAUACCAGGUCAAAGGAGGAGUUAUGCCACCGCCACCACUGUUUCGGCAGCCCAGCUCGAGUUUGGCCAGCCCGUGCAUGAAACCCACCCUCAUAUUCUCAAAGCUGGUGAAAUAACCCCCGGCAUCAGCGCCCAAGAGUACGCCGACCGGCGCGCCGCGCUGGCUUUGAACCUGCCGCAGGACGGCGACGUGGCAGUGCUGGCGUCGGCUGACCUGCUGUACCGGUCCGGGGCAGUCUUCUUCCCAUUCCGCCAAGAGACCAACUUCAUGUACCUGACGGGGUUCUUAGAACCGUCCUCGGUAGCCGUGAUCCGCCGGACGGGUCCUAAUCUGGGCGACCUGUUCUUCCACCUGUUCUGCCGCCCCAAGGACCCCCGCGCCGAGCAGUGGGACGGCCCCUGGAGCGGCCUGCAGGCUGCUGAGGACGUCUUCAACGCCGACGUCGCCGGCGACAUCGCCCAGCUAGACACCCUUCUGCCGCAGCUCCUGCAGGGCGCGAACCGCAUCUACACCGACAUCGAUCUCAACAGCACUGCGAAGCGCUACCACCAGCAGUCAACGACAGCGCGCGCCGUCGCCGCUACUGUCGCCCACCACGCAACCUCCAGAAACACCUCCAACACCCAGUCGCUACAGCCGCUAGUCAACCAGCUGCGUGCCAUCAAAUCGCCCGCAGAGAUCGCCAACAUGCGACAGGCUGGGCGGGUAUCCGGGCGGGCCCUGACAGACGCCAUGCGGCGCGCGUGGACCGACGAGGCGCAGCUGCAGGCCUUCCUCGAGUACCGCUUUCACAGCGACGGGUGCUCGGGGCCGGCGUACGUGCCCGUGGUGGCGGGUGGGGCGCGCGGGUGCAAGAUCCACUACGUGCACAACACGGCGCAGCUCGCCGCCGACGAGACGGUGCUGGUGGAUGCGGGUGGCGAGUACGGCGGAUACGUAGCCGACAUCACGCGCGUGUGGCCGACGGGCCGCGGGGGGAGCGGUAACGUCUUCUCCGCGCCGCAGCGCGACCUCUACGAAGCCGUGCUGCGCGUGCAGCGGACGGGCGUGAGCCUCUGCCGCGCGGAUGUCGGGCUGACGCUGGACCAGAUCCACCACACGACGGCGCAGGCGCUGCGAGACGAGCUCAAGCAGCUGGGCUUUGACUUCUCCAUGUCGGCCGGCAUCGACGUGCUGUUCCCGCACCACGUCGGCCACUAUGUCGGGCUCGACGUGCACGAUGUGCCGGGCUACGGGCGGUCGUGCGUCCUCCGCACAGGCCACUGCGUCACCAUCGAGCCGGGUGUCUACGUGCCCGUCGACGACGAGCGAUGGCCCAAGCACUUCCGCGGCCUGGCCGUGCGAAUCGAGGACAGUGUCUGCGUUCUAGACGACGCGCCCCUGAACCUGACCGUUGAGGCAGUCAAGGAGGUCGUCGACAUCGAGGUUCUGAGGAACAAGUGAUACACCAUUUGCUCUGUCAGAGGCCCCCCUGGCUGUCUACUGUGGUUACUAACCUAAAGAAUCUGUAACCAUAUAGAAGGCGUAUGUACAACGUGCUACUUCUGUAUAUAACUAAAUUAAACAAGAGUGAUUUAAAUAUAAUCGCCCGAAAAGAAAAAUACAAGGGAAAUGUUCAGGAUUUGGGCAACGUAAAAAGAUAACAAUUCAUAUCGCGUAUUUGCUCCCUAGCAGUUUUUCGCCUCCAUUGAAACCACUCGCUUACCAUCUCAAUAUUGCGCUCCUUCCUAGAUAACCUCUGAAAGACCGUUAUGACAACCCGUUAAGUUUUGCCCUAACUUGUCCUUUGCUCCCUUUCACUAUCACGCGUAUAUCACCG